ACCCCGCGCCGGGUUGUAGUCCGUCGCCGCGGCGCUUGCGAUAGACCGUGGCGUCGGUGGCAGCGGCGGUCCGCCAUGGUGUUGUUGGCGUUCCUGUGCGCGGCCGCGCUGGCGGCGUUGGCCCGCGGGACCAUUCCUCCGCCCGAGGAGGCGGCCCGCAUGGCGCGCUUCGUGCUGCACAACUGCGACUGGGGCGCGCUGGCCACGCUCUCCGCGCAGGAAGGGCUGCGCGGCCGCCCCUUCGCCAACAUCUUCUCCAUCAGCGACGGCGCCCCGGGGCCCGGCGGCGGCAGCGGCGUGCCCUACCUGUACCUGACCGACAUGGAGAUCUCCGUGCAGGACUUGGAGGUCAAUUCGAAUGCCUCCCUGACCGUGUCUUUGGCACAGACUCCGUACUGCAAGAAGCACAGAUAUGACCCUCAGAACCCUCUGUGCGCCCACAUAAUCUUCUGUGGGAGCAUUGUGAAGGUGAAUGAUUCAGAAGCAGCCUUAGCGAAAAAGGCAUUAUUCACUCGGCACCCUGAGAUGGAAAGUUGGCCUAAGGAUCAUAAUUGGUUCUUUGCUAAAUUCAACAUCACCAAUAUUUGGGUUCUGGACUAUUUUGGUGGACUGAAAAUUGUGACACCAGAAGAAUAUUACAAUGUCAAGCCUUAGCAGAGGAAGAUCCUUGGUGAUGCUGAUAGUACAAAUGGAUUACUUUGGAUGACUGCUCCAUGAAAGAUUUUCUGUGUGUAGUAGAGCUGAUAAUAUGCUUAUUCACAUAAGCACUUCAUAAUGCAAAAAAUUCUUACACCUUGCAUUGUUAAUAAGCUCAUGUAAUCCUUCUGAAGCACAUGUAAAUUCACACUAUCUAACACAUAUUGAAUCAUGCCUCACUCAAAAUCCUUUGUGCGUAAGCCAUAACUAGAUCUUGUUCAGACAACCAUCUUGUUCAGACCUUCCAGGACACAAAUCUGGAAUGUUACUUCUCUUGAUAGUCCACAUUUGGAAAUGCUGUGUUUACUAGAAAGUAAGGGAUUAGUCUGGUUCUAAACUUCCAGUGCCUUAGUUAAGUCAUUUCUGUUUGUAGGCACUCUCCAAUUCUUUUUAUUUUUAAUACCACUUCAUUUGUCAGUGGUAUUAAAAAUAUCACUUUAUCUGACACAGCACUACAGGAUGGCUCAGCUGACUGUAGACUGGAAAGCCUUGCUUAUAUUGCAACAUCAGAUGAUAUACUGAGUGCUAAAUUUUUUUCUCAAUGCCUGUACACUCACAAUUUGAUAUUUUUUUUUUCUGUUUUGCUACCAUGAUUAGAUUUAUGGAAAUUGUAUGUGUACCUCAGGCUCAUGAUGAGUUCUUGGUAAACCUUUGUCUAGUGGUGGUUAUAUGCCCUGAUUCUUUUAAAGAAGUAAUAGUAGUAAAGAAAGUACCCGACUGUGGUAUAUGAAGAGUAGUGGCUUGUAAAUCCAAUGAGACCAAUACAAAAAUAAGUUGUUUACUGACUUGAACUUUGAAGUCUUUGGCUUUGUAUUCUGAUCAAAUGACAAUGUAGCAACUUAGCAGCUUUUACUACUUUCAGUAAUAGAAUUUGGUAGAUAUUUUGUUUUGGAAGCCUAACACAGCAAUUUUAGGUCUGUAGUCUGAGAGUGAGAAAGAAACUAAUUCAGUAUGCAACAGAUGAUUCAUUAACUGUAGAGAAUGAAAAGGGUUAAAAGUUAAUUCUUUUUCAUAAAAUAAGCCCUACACAACUACGGAGAAGAAUUGAACAUCUUUUUGUAUCCUGUCACAUCUCCCAAGUGCGAAGUUAACAAAUAUUCAAAAGUGAUUAUGAACAAUUAAUUUGAUUUUACCCCAAGCAAAUAUUACCUGCUCGACAUAGUGAAGAAUGUGAAAAUUUAGAAUCCUUAGAGGUAGAUCCAUAUAUUAGAAUAGUGAAGUUGGUCACUUCCAAUUAUCUCUACAUCGUUAUUACAUUAUUAUACUAAUGCUCAUCUUGUAUGGGAAAGAUUUAUGAAAGCACUUUUGAAGUAAGUUAUUAAGUUUUCCUUCUAUGUGAAGGGGAAGAAAGUGUGCAUUUUACUGUAUUAAACACAUUGUGUGCUACUAUUUGGGAUUAAAAAAAAAAAGCCUUAAGAUAUGGAAACAAUUUAUGAUGAGUAGAUAACAUUAAAUAUGAUAGUGGAAAUAUUUUUAUAUAAGACGUAACAGUUGUGAAAAUCCAAAUGAUUUUAUGGCAUGGACUGAUCCUUUUGAUGGGGACACCUGACUGUAUUACCUAUCACUCCAUAACUUCUGUUGUGUGAGACUGAUGAUGCUGGGCUUUUGGAAAAAAUUAAAGUAUUUUUUAUGAAAAAA